GUGUGUUUGUGUGUGUGCGCGCGCGCGCGCGCGUGCUCCGUAGCCGGUUCCGCCCCUCUCAGGCGUGCAGGCGUCCCCGGGCAUCCCAGCCAUGUGCUCCCUAGCGUCGGGCGCUCUCGGUGGCCGGGGCGCGCUGGAGGAAGACGAGGACCCACCCGAGCUGUCAGACAGCGGCGAAGAGGCCGCCUGGGAGGACGAGGACGAUGCCGAGCCCCCCCACGACAAGCAGCAGACCCCCUGCCUGUUCUGUGACAGGUUAUUUACAUCUGCAGAAGAAACAUUUUCACACUGUAAGACUGAACAUCAGUUUAAUAUUGGUAACAUGGUCCAUAAGCAUGGACUUGAAUUUUAUGGAUACAUUAAGCUAAUAAAUUUCAUUAGACUUAAGAAUCCUACAGUUGAGUACAUGAAUUCAAUAUACAACCCAGUGCCUUGGGAGAAAGAAGAGUAUUUGAAACCUGUAUUAGAAGAUGACCUUUUGCUUCAGUUUGAUGUCGAAGAUCUGUAUGAACCAGUGUCAGUCCCACUCUCAUACCCCAAUGGACUCAAUGAAAAUACAUCUGUUGUUGAAAAACUGAAACAUAUGGAAGCCAGGGCACUGUCUGCUGAAGCUGCAUUAGCCAGAGCACGUGAGGAUCUGCAAAGAAUGAAACAAUUUGCUCAAGAUUUUGUGAUGAACACAGAUGUCAGAACCUGCUCAUCAUCUACUACUGCCAUUGCGGAUCUUCAGGAGGAUGAAGACGGUGUUUAUUUCAGCUCAUAUGGGCAUUAUGGGAUACAUGAAGAAAUGCUGAAGGACAAAAUACGAACAGAAAGUUACCGUGAUUUUAUAUAUCAAAAUUCACAUAUCUUCAAAGACAAGGUAGUUUUGGAUGUUGGUUGUGGAACUGGAAUCCUGUCUAUGUUUGCUGCUAAAGCUGGAGCUAAGAAAGUUUUUGGAGUUGACCAAUCUGAAAUACUUUACCAGGCAAUGGAUAUCAUAAGGCUAAAUAAACUUGAAGAUACUAUUAUACUAAUUAAGGGAAAGAUUGAAGAAGUUCAUCUUCCGGUGGAAAAAGUGGAUGUUAUUAUAUCUGAAUGGAUGGGCUAUUUUCUUCUUUUUGAAUCUAUGUUAGAUUCUGUACUUUAUGCAAAGAACAAAUACUUGGCAAAAGGAGGAUCGGUCUACCCUGAUCUUUGCACUAUCAACCUUGUGGCAGUAAGUGAUACAAAUAAGCAUGCUGAUAGAAUUGCUUUCUGGGAUGAUGUCUAUGGCUUCAAUAUGUCCUGCAUGAAGAAAGCAGUUAUUCCAGAAGCUGUUGUGGAAGUUUUAGAUCCCAAAACUCUUAUAUCAGACCCAUGUGGUAUUAAGCACAUAGAUUGCCAUAUGACAUCUGUCUCAGAUUUGGAGUUUUCUUCAGAUUUUACCCUGAAAAUCACAAAGACAUCCUUGUGCACGGCACUUGCUGGCUACUUUGAUAUAUAUUUUGAAAAGAAUUGCCACAACAGGGUCGUGUUCUCAACGGGCCCUCAGAGUCCCAAAACACACUGGAAACAAACAAUAUUUCUGUUGGAAAAGCCAUUUUCAGUAAAAGCAGGUGAAGACUUGAAAGGAAAGAUCACAGUCCACAAGAACAAGAAAGAUCCACGUUCUCUCAUUGUGACCCUCACUUUGAAUAAUUUGACUCAUACUUAUGGCCUCCAGUGAAAGACAUCAACAAAAAGACAAAAUUUUAAUAUGUGGUGGUAUUGGUAAGGAGGUAUAGGGAGAGUUUCAUGUGAGUACAUGGAGAGAGUCUUUCCUAAAGAGUUUUCUCAGAAGAAUGGUCGGAAUUACUAGCAUUCAGCUGAAGAAGAACCAACUGAUCCUAAUGGACUCCCUAUGUUACUCUUUGAAGUAUGGAAUAAAAUCUAAUUUUUUGCAUCGAG